AUGGAUUUCGAGGGUAACACAAAUCGCAUCAUCGCGUCCAUUCGCGAGGCGAAAGCGCGAGGCGCGUCGUACCGGAUCGGGCCGGAGUUAGAAAUCACGGGCUACGGCUGCGAGGAUCACUUUCUCGAGCACGACACGUGCCAGCACGCCUGGGAAUGCCUUGCAGCUAUUAUUGAGAGCGGUGCUACAGCCGGCAUCCUGUGUGACAUCGGGCUGCCAGUGGAGCACCGCGGGGUGCGCUACAACUGCCGGGCGCUCGUCCACAGCCGUCGGAUCCUGCUGCUGCGCCCCAAGAUGGAUCUGGCGAACGACGGAAACUACCGGGAAACGCGCUGGUUCGCCACGUGGAAGCGGUUGGGAGUGGUGGAGAGCGUGCGGUUACCAGCGGUGGUUACCGCGGCGUGCGAGGGGCAGCGGGAGGUGCCCAUUGGGGAUGGCGUGCUGGAUCUGCUGGAUAGCGACAUUACACAUAUUUCCCUUUUGCACCUCCCCCAUUCCCUUGUCUUUCCAUCCCCUCCCCACUCUCCCCCCCCCUUCCUCUCACCAGACGGGUGUGCCAUGGUGGUGGUGAACGGGCAGGUGGUGGCGCAGGGAUCGCAGUUCUCAUUGGCUGACGUCGAGGUGGUAACCGCUACUGUGGACCUCGACCAGGUGGCGAGCUACAGGGGCGCCAUCAGCAGCCUGAGGGAGCAAGCCUCAGCCUCCGCCCCAGCACCAUCCGCCUCUUUCCCACCGUCUUCAUCCUCCGCCUCUCCCGCCCCACCCAUCGUGCGCAUUCCCUCUGAUAUCUCCAUCUGCCACCCUGCAUCGGCUAGCCUUACCCUCGCCACCUCGCAUCCCAUUCAGAUCCGUUACCACUGCCCCGAGGAGGAGAUAGCACUCGGCCCGGCGUGCUGGCUGUGGGACUACCUGAGGCGCAGCGGAGCAUCGGGCUUUCUGCUGCCGCUGUCGGGGGGUGCGGACAGCUCAUCUGUGGCUGCUAUUGUGGGCUGCAUGUGCCAGCUUGUGGCUAAAGGUGCUAUGGCGUGCUGGCUGUGGGACUACCUGAGGCGCAGCGGGGCGUCGGGCUUCCUGCUGCCGCUGUCGGGCGGCGCUGACAGCUCAUCUGUGGCUGCUAUUGUGGGCGCUGGCAGCUCCUCUGUGGCUGCCAUCGUUGGUUGCAUGUGCCAGCUGGUCGCCAAAGGUGUGGUGCGGUGGUAUGUGAUGCUGUGGGGUGCUACAGGGUAUUAUGCAAUUGCCGAGGGCAACGAGCAGGUGCGGCAGGACGCAGAGCGAAUCACGGGGCUACACCUGGCGGCAGGGGCGGCGGCAGAGGAGCAGAAGCGGCAUGCUGCCAGGCUGGCAGACCGUAUCCUGCACACCAUCUACAUGGGCUCUGAGAACAGCUCCCAAGGUACAAGGGCACGAGCAAAGCAGCUAGCCUCAGAGAUAGGAGCGUGGCACUUGGACACGAGCAUUGACUCCGUGGUCGCUGCUGUUGUGACUUUUCCCCUCCCCUCCCUCUCACUUUCCCCCACCUAUGCACACAGCUCCCAGGCCACGCGAACGCGUGCGAAGCAGCUAGCAUGGGAGAUAGGAGCAUGGCACUUAGACACGAGCAUUGACUUCCGCGGUCGCUGCAGUUGUGAUAUCUGUAUCCCUCUUCUCCCCCUCGGCCCGACCCCCCGCAUACACAGCUCCAGUGCAACAAGGGCACGAGCGAAGCAGCUAGCAUGGGAGAUAGGAGCGUGGCACUUGGACACGAGCAUUGACUCCGUGGUCGCUGCUGUUGUCGCACUAUUCCUCACUGUCACCGGCCUGCGUCCGCGCUACAAGCUGGAUGGAGGCACAUCAGCGGAGAACCUCGCCUUACAGAACAUCCAGGCGCGCCUGCGCAUGGUGCUGGCUUUCCUCUUCGCCCAGCUGCUGCCCUGGGUGCGCGGACAUGGGGGGAGGGGGGGAGGAGCCGCAGGGCAGGCGGGGGAGAAGGGGAAGGAGGAGGGGCGGAAGGAGAGCACUGCUGACGGACAGCAAAAGGGAGGGGGAGGGGGAGGGGGAGGGGGAGGGGGAGAAGAGAAGGUGCCGGCGGAAGGGGUGUUGGAGAAGGGCAAGGGGAGGGGAGGCGGGUCGGAGCAGCGGCGGGGCGGAGGGGGCUUUCUGCUCGUGCUGGGCAGCGCCAACGUGGAUGAGGCAUUAAGAGGGUACCUCACCAAGUACGACUGCAGCAGUGCCGACAUCAACCCCAUCGGCGGAAUCAGCAAGACAGACCUCCGGCGUUUCCUGCGCUGGGCGGCAGUCCACCUUGGCUUCGCCUCAUUGGCCGACGUCGAGGCGGCGCCGCCCACUGCUGAGCUGGAGCCUAUCAGAGCGGACUAUGUGCAGGUGGACGAGGUGGACAUGGGCAUGACCUACGAGGAGCUCUCUCUCUACGGCCGCCUGCGCAAGGUCAUGCGCUGCGGGCCUGUUGCCAUGUUCCAGCACCUGUGCCACGAGUGGCGGCAGCGGCUGACAGUGGCGGAGGUGGCAAUAAAGGUGAAGGCGUUUUUCCGCUUCUACUCCGUCAACCGCCACAAGAUGACCACUCUGACGCCCUCCUACCACGCUGAGAACUACUCCCCCGAGGACAACCGCUUUGACCUGCGGCAAUUCCUGUACAACGUGGCAUGGCCGUGGCAGUUCAAGCGGAUAGACCAACUUGUGGCGGAGCAUGAGGCUGCAGCAGCGGAAACAGCCACAGCAGGUGGUGCUGCUGCUACUGCAGUUGAGGGCACAACAGCAGCGUGA